AUGGGACCUCCACAACACGUUUACUCACAGGCACUCCAGCCACCCCAUCCUCCACAUCAUUCUUUCCCUCCACCUCUGCCAAUUCCUUCUCUUCCGCCCUUACAUUCAUCACCUCCACUCCACCAAUCACCACCCCUAUUGUAUUGCCCUCCCCCACAGUCAUAUUUCCCCUCUCAAUUCCAUGCUCCGCCAUCUCUACCUGCUCAUCAUAUUCACCCAACUCAUCGGCAAACACAAAACGUGCAGGGCACCCCAGUGGAUCCACUUUCUGCAGUGCAGGCCUCUAAUCGCUAUAUGACCUUGACACCUUGCUUUCCUUCUGACCAUCCACAGCCCCGGCAUACUGGCUCUAUCUCUGGACCCUCCAGCUCUUCUCAUGCCCCACCAUUACACCAAUUUCAACCCUUCAUGUCUCCAGCACACCACCCGCCACAUAAUGUUGAAGGCCACUUCCCACAGCCUCACUCAGGCUAUCCUCUCCAAGAAUCUCAGGCUCGAUAUCUGCAGAGUCAGCACUACUACCCUCAGUUUGGUGCACCAUAUCCUGGUGGAAUGUGA